UUUCGAAGUUAUAACAUACAGACGUAGUGAUGGGUUCUUUGUACAUACUUUUGUCACUGGUUGUUGUUUUCAACUUGACCAACGGCGCGUCGCUAUCUGCAAGACAAAAAGCCCUCAAGCAAAAAGACAUGAUAGCAGACACAAGAGAGUUUCCAGAAAUGGAAUUUUCCGAACAAGAAAAGGAAGUGAUUCGAAUGUUGAAGAAUCAGAAUCUCUUAAAUUCAUUACUUGAUGGAGACGACCAAAACAUGACUGCAGACGUGCGAAAACUUGGAUGGAAAAUAUUUCCAGGAACCCAUUGGUGUGGAAAUGGAAAUAUUGCAGAUUCACAAGAUGAUUCCGAUUUGGGAACUUUUGAUAAAGUGGACAGAUGUUGCCGAACUCACGAUCACUGUCCAAGAAAUCUAAAUGGAGGAACAAGUGGAUAUGGUACAGUAAACACUGGAAAGUAUACGGCAAGUGAUUGUGAGUGUGAUGCAGAAUUUAAAUCCUGUUUGAAAGCAGUACCGAAGGGUAAAUGGUACCAAAUAGGAACCCGACUGCAAUACGGGAGCGCAAGACUGAUUGGAAGAAUGUUUUUUGAUUGGUUGAAGAUGAAAUGUUUGGAUUUCGAAGGACCGUCUGCAGUCAACGGAGAAGCAUCUGAUUCAGAGAAAGCCGUGCUUAAAGACCCAAAACCUUUCUACAGCAAAAAGAAAUAAUUGGAUAACUCGAUAAGGAAAAUGUUUGAAAUUAAAUAUAUUUAUUAGAAUGAAAUAUAAUUAAUUUGAUUAAAUAAAUGAUGCUUUUUUAAACUUGUAAAGAAAACAAGAACAGUUAACAUUUAUUGAAUGUUUUCCGUUAUUUAUUAAAUUUUAAUAAAAGAAAUAUGAAGGUUUAUUGACAUGUUGUUGUUGUUCUGCUAAAUUAGUUUCAGACCUCCUAACAACGAGAUAACGAUGUUAAAAAUAUAAACAAAACUGAGGAUGAUAGAUUUGUUGGAAAUCGUUGCGGAUGACACUUUUGGCGAAUCGCACAAUUCGUAAAAAUCCAUAGAUUUUCCAAAAAUUAUGCCUUUUAUAUUUUCUUUUCCUACUUUCCGUCGCAAGAUUUAGUGUAUCAUCUGCGGAGAAAGUAUACGUUAUGUACAUAAACAAAUCGCCUAAGAAAAACGUCUUUAUUCCUAUAACCAUAUCUGCCCUUGCACUGGUAUUUGAUAUGAUAAAAACAAAGCUUAUUUUUGCGAAUAGAUCGAAUUCAGAUGCUUUGCGUAUACCUAUUUUCGCCAAUUCACUUUUCUAAUAUUUUUGAUUUCCGUCGCCGCUACGCGGGGCGGAAUCUUUAAAAUCGCCUAAUGGAAGAUAGAUAUAUAGAUAUAUAUCUAGAGACAGCACAGAGCCUAGACGCUGCUAAGUUUGUGUCCAGGCUAAAACCUCGAAAAAUUUCCAUAUUUUCGAAAGUCAAUGAAGACGCAUUCUUUUAAUCUAUGUCAAUUUAAUGAC